UCCGGAAGAGGAAGAUAGAGAGAGAGAGGGGGCGACCUGGGAACCCGGUGUCUCUCGUCCGUGGCGUCUGCGGUCGCUCUCCCUAGACGGCACUACGCCUCCCCCCGCCCCAACCCCGUCUCGCCGCAGGCACAGGCCCGGCGGUAGCUCCCCGGUGCCCGGCGCCCGGCGGGAGGCCGCCACCUCCACGCAGCAACGCGGGGGUUUGGCGCUUGCCGGGGGUAGGCCGCACUCCCGACGCGCCUCUGGCCUAGGCCGCCUGCCGGGGUCCGAGCGCUGUCUCCCCGCGGGCGCGUAUGGCAAGCAGGGCCCCUUCUCCGCCGCCCGUCCCGAGGCCAGUGACCAAGCGCCCGGCUCCGAGUGAAGCGUCCUCGGAUGGAGGCUUCAACUCACUGUGUGGGCCGUCACGUGCCAAGCAGCUGCGCGGAGGCUCAGAUCUGUACAACGCCAAACGCGCUGGGCCCUACCUCCUGGGUCCCCGUCUGGGUAGUUCCCCCGUCCCCAGCAUCGUGCAGUGUCUGGCGAGGAAGGAGGGAACGGAUGACUUCUACCAGCUCAAGAUCCUGACGCUCAGGGAGGAUGGGGAGUGCGUGCAGGAGAGCCAAGAGGAGCGGCAGGGGAAGAUGCUGCUACACACCGAAUACUCCCUGCUAUCUCUGCUGCAUGCGCAGGAUGGGGUCGUGCACCACCACGGCCUCUUCCAGGACCGGGCGGUGGAGGCGGUUGAAGAGGUCCGGCGUGGUGGUGCCGGUGGCGGCAGUGGCAGCGCGGCGCGGCGUCGCAUCGUGCUGGUGCUGGACUGCCUGUGCACGCACGACUUCAGCGAGCGCACGGCUGACCUCAUGAACCUGCAGCACUACGUGAUCCGCGAGAAGCGCCUCUCCGAGAAGGAGACCAUUGUCAUCUUUGCCGACGUCGUCCGCGUCGUCGAGAGCCUCCACGCGAAAAACAUCGUGCACAGGGACCUGAAGCUCGGCAACAUGGUGCUGAACAAGCGCACUCACCGCAUCACCAUCACCAACUUCUGCCUGGGCAAGCACCUGGUGAGCGAGGGCGACCUGCUGAAGGACCAGAGGGGCAGCCCGGCCUACAUCAGCCCCGACGUGCUGAGCGGUCGGCCGUACCUGGGCAAGCCGAGCGACAUGUGGGCACUCGGCGUGGUACUCUUCACGAUGCUCUACGGCCAGUUCCCCUUCUACGACUCCGUUCCACAGGAGCUCUUCCGCAAGAUCAAGGCUGCCGAGUACACCAUCCCCGACUGCAACGGUGUUUCGGAAAACACGGUGUCGCUCAUCAAGAAGCUGCUGGUGCUUGACCCCCAGCGGAGGUUGAGCGCGCGAGACGUCCUGGACUCGCUCCACUCCAUCAUCUUCGCCUGGCAGUCCAUGUCGUCGCUGGCGGGGCCCCUGCAACUCGUGCCGGACAUCGAUGAGCAGGAGGCCCGCUUGGCAGACACUGCCGUGGAGGUGCGCCCGGAGGAGGAGCUCUGCCAGUACGAGUUCGAGUCGGUCAUGCGGCAGCAGCUGCUGCGAGCCGAGGAGGGCCUGGCAGGGAAGCCCCCCCGCGCGCUGGGGGGGGGGCCCCGGCGGCCCCCCUCGGGGCUGCCCGUGGUGCGGCGCGUGGGCCAGGACGCCCAGCCGCUCACCGCCCACGAGCUGCUGUCGCAGCCCAACCUGCUGCUGUGAGGGCCGACGGCGGCCUUUCUCUAACCACCGCCCCCGGACGCCGGGGCCGGGGGGCGGCGCUAGGCGGCCGCUUCUGCCCCCGGUGCGGGUGCCCUUCGCUUUCCGGUCGGGCCGGGAACGCGAACCGGAGCUGGCGGAGGAGUCGCGGUGGCACGGCCCUUGUUUCCGGCGAGACGUCGGCGGACGUCAAGGGCGCAAGCUGAUGAGCGAAUGGCGGCAAGAGGCAUGAAGACCGCUUCUCGGCAGAGCUUGAGACCCGGCCGAGGUGGCGGUGUUGCAGCAGCAGCAGCAGCAGCAGCAGGAGCUUGGAGGUUGCCUCCUACGGAGAGCCGCACCGAGAAUGUGACUGCUGCUCCUCCUGCUCCUCGCGCUUAUUCGUGAUCGUCAGCGAGCCGAGUGGCGGCGCUCGCUCCUUGCUUCUGUCAGACGAUGCUGGGAAGAGCCGUGGGGCAGCUCUACGGUGACAUGGACGACGACGACGACGAUGAUGAAGUUCAUGUUUUUAUGUGAAUUCCCAGCUCACAGAUGAACUGUCGCGCGCCGCGUGGGGUUGAGGAAUUUCUCUCGGGCCGGGGACUAACGUGCGGAAGUGGACACCGCCGGCUUUGUCUCCACAACCGCACCUGCCCCCUCCCCCCCGCGUCGCGCACACGCUGCGCUUACGACCGCUGUCGUCGUCCGCCACGCGUGUGAGAACGGUGUCGCUUGCACCGGCUCGCUCGGCGCAUCCGGCAUCUGCUCCCCGGUAGGGGGGAGCGGGGGCGGGGAGAUGUGGGGGCAGGGGGGGGGUCCGGAGUUUGUGACGAGCGCCGCUGGCGCCAGACUUGACACCGUGCCGUGCCUGCGCGUGCGUCCCGCGCGUGCGUCUCUCUCCGUGCGUUGUUCAGCACGAUGUCUGACGUUUAUCACCACGUGCCGGAAUCUUCUUCCUCUCUUUUUCUGAAGACGUCAGCAGUGCCGGCGCUGCUGAGGGGGACCUGGGUUCGAGCCCUCGGUGGGUCCGAGUGUCUCUCGCAGACGGUUCACAGUGGCCGUGCGUGAGACGCUCACCCAGCAGCACUUAACGUUCGAACCCAGGGCUUGAGUUUCUGUCAUGAGAUUCAUAAUGGCCGUGUCGGAGACACCGAGCCAGCACCGAUGAGAUCCCAGGGUCCGAGCCCUGGGUCAUGACCGUCUCUCUCGGAGAGAGAGUUCAUAAUGGGCGCGUCAUUUCCUACACGAGGAGCUCCCGGCACGCGGAGCGGAACUUGGCACAGCGUGCGGCAGCGCCGCCCCAGAGCGUCGCCAUCACCAUCACCACCGCCGCGUGUUUUCAUGAAAGACGUCAUUCCGUGCGGCCGUGUGUGCGAGACGUCCCAGAGGAGGGGUUCCAGUUUGAACCGGGGAGGAUCCGGGUGGAUCUGUGGGGCGGGGAUCGAGGUACGGGCGGGAGAGGGUGGCUGGAGCCAAGUAAACUUGGGGGGGGAGGGGGUCCCAGGUAGAGCUGUGGGGCUCUCUACCGCCAAGAUGCAGGUGUCUACUGAAUGUGGGUUGUAUAGACGGGGGGGGGGGGGGGGGGGGCCUUGUCCAUGGAGUGGACAGCCUGGGUUCUGCGUUGGAGGUUGCCGGGGUGAGUGGCCGGGUGAGACAUGGAGCUGGCUUUCCAUGAGGCUCUCCUGGGUAACCAAGCGGAGUGAUGAGUGGGGGUCCAUCACCUCAUUGCCGCAUGGUGCUGUUUGCUUAAUAGGAGUAGAAUCGCGGUAAUUGAAAAGCCCACUUUGCUUCGGUGCCCUUCCACGCGUACGGCAAUGAAGUAUUGAUACUCUUGUCGGGUUAAUUAGCGGUUGGCGCACCACGCCCCGAACCCGGCGACCCGCGUUCGACUCCUGGCCACGGACAACAUCGGCGGUGAGCCUUGUUGCUGCGAAGCGGUGCCGGAUGUCCCCCACUCCGGCCGACUGCCCCCCCCCCCCCCCCGCUGACCAGCGCGGUGAAGUAUGGUUGAAACAACACCCGUGACUUGACGCGGCUCGGGGGAGACGUUGAUCCAGUCGUGGAUUGAUGAAGGGUUGUAAAUUAUUCUGAAUAAACGAACGAUAAACCAAA